AUCAAUCUUUCUCGAAUGGCCUCACCGUCCGACGCCUCCAACCAGGAGGCUGUUGUGACGAAGCAAAACAAAGGAGCCCCGAUUAAGUUCUUGGUCCCUCUUAUAUACGCCCCUGUUCUUCCUCUCAUUCGGCUCUCGUUGAGGAGGAACCCGGUGGUGAGGGAUCGUUUGUUUACCCUCGUCUUGGCUGGGGCUUUCGCUCAUGGGUUUUACUUGGUGAGGUUACUAGAUGCAUGUCUUGUAGUGAUUCUGAGUGAGCAGAUUCGACCUCAUGAUUUUAGUGAACUGAGGAUUUGCUUGAUAAGUCACAAAACCUUCGAUAUUAAUGGCCUCGUCCCUCUGUUGAUCCCUUGACCAACUCCGGUAUUCAUGCUC